AUGGAGAAUCUACUAGCCCACUCCUUCGACUACUUAUCCUCUUACGAGCCUAGCAAGAUCCGCAAGGGCUUGCGCCAGGUAGAGGGCCUGCUGGCCCAGAUCUGCCUGUCCAAGUCCAAGUCUACGGCCGAUCGCAGGAGGUCAUCCUUGGCUCCCGAGGCGCAACCAGCCCCUAAGCCUCUAUCAGAUUUGCGCGAGGACCCAGCUUUCCGGGAGUUCUUCAAGCUUCAAGAUGGCUUCCAGUGGAAUGUUGCAAUGCGGCUCGUCGCCUGCCUCGAACAUCUCCUCGGCCGCGGUAGCAAUGGCACAAAUGACAUGCUGAUCGCACACUGCUCCUCCACCCCCCCAUCGCGAGCGCUCUUCGCGCGCGAGAUCUACAUGAACCUUCUCCUCGACCUCCUUGAUCCGAUCAAUUGCCCUGCGAUCCAGUCCGCGACCCUGCUUACACUGGUCACUGCACUGCUGGACUGCCCUGCCAACACUCGGACGUUCGAAGACUUGGAUGGCCUCCUCACAGUCACUUCGUUGUUCAAGCAACGGGCUACUUCCCGAGAGGUCAAGCUCAAGCUGGUUGAGUUUCUCUAUUUCUAUCUUAUGCCCGAAACCCCCAUCCUUGCAACUCCGCCGGGCCUACAGCGGAGCCCGAGUAAACUUUCGCGACCAAUAUCACAAAGCUCACAUACCUCCAAUGGGUCUGCUGGCAAAACGAACCGUGAUACGCGCACCACUGAUGAGAAACAAGCCUUACUGGGGCGCUACUUGAAUAAUGUCGAAGACCUCGUUGAAGAUUUGAAAGAGACUGCUCCAUUUGGAGCAACGGUUUACUGA